AGAGUAUCUAUUUCUAGCAACACCAGAUUCCUCUCUCUCUCUCUCUCUCUCUCUGUUUCUCUCUCCUCCUCUGUUUCGCUGCUGCUGCGAGUACUGAUCUACAAUGGCAUCUCACGUGCACCUUGUUCUCUUGCAAUGGCUUCUUUGAACUCAUUUUCUUUUAAAAGCCCCUUUCCUUCAGGUGCUUGUAGCCAUACAUCAAAGCCUAACCUUCGUUGUUAGGUCUUCUGGGUUUCAAGGAAACAGAGCAACCCCAUCUCUCUGUUUUUCCGAUCGCCGGAAAAAACAGAGUGAUCGUUGAUGAUGGCAUUGGAAACGGUGGUUUACCCACAAAAUAGAGAUACAUUUACUUAUGUUUGCAGAGAUUUCUGUUCUUACGGCGGCGCUUGGCCUGGCUACGACUAUGGCUUCCAAUUAGAACAAGAAAAAUCCUUUCUCGAAAACCCCCAAAAACUCCCCACUAAUUGGGAGCCUUCACCGGAGGAAUGUUCGAUCAAUCAGCCGCUUUCGGUAGGAGCUCUCUAUCCGCCGAUGGAAGUUGAACAGUCGCCACCGUCUCCACCGUCCCCACCGCCGACGACCGGGAGGAGAAAGCGACGGCGGACUCGAAACAUGAAAAACAAGGAGGAAAUUGAAAACCAGAGGAUGACCCAUAUCGCCGUCGAGCGCAACCGCCGGAAACAAAUGAAUGAAUAUCUCGCCGUCCUCCGAUCACUAAUGCCGUGUUCUUACGUUCAAAGGCAGGGAGACCAAGCCUCCAUUAUUGGUGGCGCCAUUAAUUUCGUCAAGGAAUUAGAACAGCAAUUACAGUUUAUCAAAGCCCAUAAGGAACCGGCGGCUUCAUCCCCUUUCGCCGACUUCUUUUCCUUCCCACAGUUCUCAACUCCGGCGACGAACUCGACCCAUGACUCAGCCAGUUCCAACACCCAAUGGGCCGCCGGAGAUAUCGAAGUCACCAUGGUGGAUACCCAUGCCAACCUCAAAAUCCUGUCCAAGAAACGCCCGAGACAGCUCCUCAAAAUGGUGGCAGGGUUUCAAAGCUUGAGAUUCUCUGUUCUUCAUCUCAACGUCACCACUUUGGAUCAAAUGGUUCUUUACUCUGUAAGCAUCAAGAUUGAGGAAGGAUGCGAGUUGAAUACAGUGGAUGAAAUCGCUGCAGCUGUGAAUCAAAUCCUGCUCUCCAUUCAAGAGGAAUCUGCUUUCAGCUGACACUUUGAUCGAUUCAAUCUGUGUUGUUUGGAAUGUAUUUUGUUUGUUCAGAAUGUCUUCGAUUUCCAUAUGGUGUCCAACAAUUUUCCAUGCAAAUGAAGCACAUAGCGUUGGAUGCUUUUGAUCUGUAAAAUUUAAUAUCAUGAAUUUGGUUCAAUAUAAAGAUGGCAACUUGAUUUAAUAAUAA